GGAAUACCUAUCAUACUUUUCUACAGGAGCAGUCGGUCGGUGCGGAAGGGCGUAGGGUUCUUGUUCGUCGAAAGAAUAUAUUUCAAACCGAGUGGGCCAACGUGUCAACAAUUACUGAAUUGCACUUUGAUUGCUGAAAUAAGCGAAUCGUUUUUUUAUUACCGAAAUCGGACACAUCGCUGGCUUUUAAAACAAAGGCUUCAGGUGUUGGGGCCGACAUGUUUGUCAGCGGCUUGGUUUCGGUGUUUUUAUUCUUUCAUGCAACAGGUGUAGAGGCCUUCAUGGUUACAACCAAAAAUCCAAAUGUGAGGGCUAAAGAGAAUGAGGGGGCUGAUCUUUACUGUACUCCCUCGGCUGACUUUGGGGCAGAUGCCAGAGUGGAGUGGAAGUUUAGGGACAUGAAGGGUUCUACGACCUAUGUCAUUUUCGAUGGGAAACCCACCACACUUUAUGAGGGCCGUGUCACCAAGUUUGAUGGGAUGCUGAGGUUCAGCAAGGUGACCCGCAAAGAUAACGGGCAGUAUCAAUGUGAGGUGUCGAACAAACAGUAUGUUGGGGAUGUCAACGUGAAUCUCACUGUUUUAGUACCUCCAUCCGUGCCCAUGUGUAGGAUCCCUACCUCUGUGACGACGGGGCAUCGCGUGCUACUGUCCUGUCAUGAUGCAGAGGGGUCUCCUUCCCCCACCUACAAGUGGUAUAAGGACAAGACCCCUCUUCCUGAGAACCCCAGCCAGUUCCCUGCCUUCAAGAACUACACCUACAAGAUCAAUCCUCUCAAUGGCAACCUGGAGUUUCCCUCUGCUUUGGUGAUAGAUACAGGAGACUACAGCUGUGAAGCUAUGAACGAUGCCGGCCCUGUUCAACGCUGUCAAGCUGUGAGGAUGGAAGUCCGCAACAUAAACACUGGAGGUAUUGUUGCUGGGGUGAUCGUGGCUCUCCUGGCCCUGGCCCUGCUGUGCUUCGGACUGUGGUACGCCCACCGCAAAGGAUACAUGCCCAAAAAGAGUGAAAGCAAACCCAAACCCUCAGUGGUCUACCAGCCAUCAUCGGAGUCCGGCGAUGAAGAAGAUGGGGAAUUCAGACAGAAGUCUUCUUUCGUGGUAUAGCCAGGGCGUGCAACACAUGUCCCGGAUAUACCCAGGAGUCUACAGCAACUAGUGACUAUGGGUGCGUCCCAAUAACAUCUCCCCUUUCUCCUGAAGUGUGCUGUCGUUCACUCCUUCCUACAAAUCUCAAAGCAUUGGGUUGUUGGAUGCAUGGGUUAGUGGGUGUUUCCACCGAAUUUCUUAAACCAGUCAUUUUCUUUCAAAUCAGCGAAGGGAAGUGAACAAGUGCACACUUUGGGGGUAGAAGAGAUAAUUGGGACAUAGCCUAUAAAUGACAAUACCACUGCCCCUUAUACCUGCUCACUGUGGAUAGGUGUGAAUUGGUGUGGUUUGAUUUUUAACAUUUUUAUUCCAUAUGAUUCUAAAAACAACAUGAAUUUGGCAGUUACCUACAACUGUACUGUUUUGUGGUGACUGUAUAGAUUUGAAAAAAUACUUCCGCUUAUACUUCAUAUUUUUCAAGUGCCUCCGUUCUGUGAAAGAAAUCUCGCAUUCAAGGAAAUGUAAUGGGGGGGGGGGGACUGGAAAUGAAUUUAUGAAAUCUUA